AUGGCAGCCCAUCCCCCGCAGCUCGAGCUCGCUGAAUACGAUGACGCCGGAAAUAUCACCGCGACCUACAUCGAGACUGGUCCACGCAUUGAUGUGAUCCUACCCGAGGAGCGCAAAACACUUUUGCACCAGGCUCUGGACGUGUUCCUGCCCGCCGGCUACCCUCAAAGCGUGACCGAGGACUACAUGCCCUUCGCAGGCGUCGGAGUCGGGGACGCCAGCGCCUCGCCUACCGCGGCUCUGCUCCUGUCGGUCCUACAAGAGUCGACGGGUCGCGUUGCUACAAUCCUCUUCGCGGCAAAGCUUGGAACCAGCCUGGAGCCGGAGUGCAAGGCGUGGAGAUUGGCAGCUGACUUUUUCAACGAUGCUGCUAUGCUGUUGGAUUGCGUGUCACCAGCCUUGCCACGCCUCCCGCGCGUCCUGGUUCUCAGUUUCAGCAGCAUCCUUCGCGCUCUAUGCGGCGUUGCUGCGGGGUCUAGCAAAGCGAGCCUGAGUGCUCACUUUGCGCGCAUGCAGAACCUUGGAGAAUUAAAUGCGAAAGAUUCCUCGCAGGAGACGAUUAUCUCCCUCUUGGGAAUGCUUGCUGGGAGUGUUGUCGUGUCAUGGGUCUCAUCCCCGCUGGCGACAUGGGUGGCAAUGCUGCUGCUGCUGACAACUCACCUGGGGACCAACUAUGCCGCCGUCCGAGCGGUCAGCAUGCGGUCGCUGAACCGGCAGCGUGCCAACAUCGUCAUGACACACCUUCUCGCGUACGACAAAAUACUCUCACCGCAGCAGGUUUCGCAAAGGGAGCGGAUCUUCGAGCUUCGGGACGGAGCGCUGCGCUGGGCGGACGAUCAAGUCAUCGGCCGUUGCAGAAUUGGGGUUCGUCUGGCCGAACUCGUGGCAAGGCUCCCAGGCGCAGAGGCUGGGGCCCCAGCUGCAGCGCGGAAAACCGGGGCGGUUGUGCGCGACGCCGGUGCCUCAGCCAAGACGAUGUCGCUGUCGACACUGCUUAAGGUUUUCGAGCACGAGUCGUACCUGCUCUGGUUCGACUCCGCCAGGUCCGAAGCGCUCAUCGUACUCAAGCAGAGUUGCGAGCCAGCUGCUCAGCUUCAGGCCUGGACGCAGGCGCUGCUGCUCGCCUCCCGCCAUGGAGCAGCAGCCGGGGGGCGCCGGGGAGCGGCGGCGACUCAGACGUUGGGGCCACAGUCAGCCACGUCCCAGCAGGGCCUGAGACAGGCUGCAGAACAACACGGCCGCGUCAACGAGGUUGAGACGGAGCUGCGGCUGACGCUAGAGCAAACGCGCCAGAUGUUUGGCGGCGGCAGCGGCAGCGCGAAAAAGCGGCUGGAAGCGGCGGGCUGGGACCUGAGCAUUGCAGCUCUGGAGACCCACCCGGGCACACGCGCUGGCGUGCGGGCAUCUCUGUGGCCGGAAGAAAAGUGA